AUGCCGUACGAAGAUAUCAUCUCCAGUCACUCUGUGAACACCGCUGUCCCACUCAUUCUGGUCCGCGAGCUCCUACCUCUGAUGGGCCAAAUAGCAGCAUCUGUCGAUGCGUCGUCCAUACCCAGCAAGCCAUUAGCUUGUAUCAUCAAUGUCUCUUCACACGAAGGCAUUUACGGAUCCUCAGCCAACAGCGGAGAAAAGGGUGGGCACCAUGUUUGCACCAAGGCCUCCAAAACCGGGCUCCAUAUUAUCACGGAAACAGAGGCGGCAGCCUGCUGGAAGUCCAGACAUGAACACGACUGA